AUGACAAUAUAUGAGUCGACCAUUUUUGCUGUAAAACAGUUACUCAUGUCGUCAUCAUACUAUGUUCUACAUCGGCUAUUUCAUAUAGCUGAAGUUCAUCCCCAAAAAAUCGCCCUGAUUCUUGAUUCUCAAAUGUGGACAUACGGUGAAUUGAUCGAACAAGUCGAACGUAUUACUGACUACUUGCAGAAUUUAAAGAUCAUCAGAGGUCAAAUUAUUUAUCAAUUUGUUGAACGUAGUUUAGAAAUGGUCUGUGGAUUCUUAGGUAUCAUGUGUUUCGGUGGUGUGUAUUGCCCAUUGAAUCCAACAGAUUCUCCAUCGCGUCUUCUUUCCAUCUUGGAACAAAUCCAAAGUCAAUAUGUUUUCGUUCAUCAAUUAACAUUUAAACAGUUUCCAGCGGAUAUAGUUAAGCACGUCAUUUUCCUAGAAGAAAUUCUUUUCCCAUCAUCACAAAUUGAAGACAGGAGUAAACUUCCAUAUUGUGUAGAAGAUGGCCCUGCAUUUAUUGUUUGUACAUCAGGAACAACUGGCCGACCCAAAGCAAUCCUUCAUACCCAUCGAAGUUUUGCAGCAAGUAAUGCAGCUUACAUUCAAUGGAACGCGACUAUGUAUACAGUCCGAGACCAAGUUCUUCAACUUGCUACCUGUACAUGGAUUUUACAGUUAUCGGAAAUUUCGUUACCAUUGGUUGUGGGUGGAUCUGUUGUACUCUUACGACCUGGUGGACAUUUAGACAUGUCGUAUUUAUCAAAGACUCUGAUCAAUCAGCAAGUCACAACGAUGAUCAUUGGUCCAGCAAUUAUUCGAGCUUUGAUCGAUUUUUUAGAGAUCAGCCAACAAGUUGAUACGUUCAAAUAUGUUCUCAAUAUAUGCAUAACGGCCGAAGCAAUCAAUCCUCCGCAAUGGAUAAAAUUUCUGAGUUAUUUAAAUUUGUCAACUACUCGAAUCAAUUCUCAGUACGGCAUGUCAGAAUGUAAUGGAGUUCUUGGUUGUCAACUAUUCGAUGUUUACAAUACAACGAUACCUAUUGGUUGUCCAUUCGUUAAUGUUCGUUGUUUACUCGUCGGUGAACAAGAUGAUAUUAUCGAUAAAACCAAUAGUACAAGUCAGAUAGGUCAACUUCUCAUAGGAGGACCCACUCUGUUUGCUGGCUAUCUUAAUGAUCCACAACGAACGAAUGACAUUCUUAUUACUAUUGAUAAUCAGAUUUAUUUAAAAACAGGGGAUUUAGCUCGAUACAACGAACGAGGCGAACUUGUUCACUCUGGACGUGCGGAUUUUCAAAUCAAAAUUCAUGGCCAACGAGUUGAAACAACGGAGAUUGAAGAUACAAUUAUGAAUUGGUCUCGAGAUCAAAUUUCCGGUUGUCUCGUGAUAAAAUCUCCGCAAAACAAAGAUUCAUUAGUUGCUUAUAUCGUUUCACACAGUCCCGAUCUCAAUAUUGAAGAAAUUCGAAAUCAUUGUCGUCAGCACCUGCGUCAGUAUAUGGUUCCAUCUCAUAUCAUCAUUCUUCAUAAAUUUCCAUUGAAUUCCAAUGGAAAAAUCGAUCGAAAACAGCUUCCAAUCCCAUCACUACUCAACAACGUUCCAAUCGUUGACAAACCAAUCUCAGAAUUGGAAGAUCAGAUCCACAAACUAUGGUGUAAUGUCUUACAAUUGACUUCUGUUCCUCGUUAUGCGAAUUGUUUCGCAUUGGGCGGCUCAUCUUUAACAUUAAUCCAAUUUUUCAAUUAUUAUCAGUUUCAUUUCGGUCUCGAUAUGCAACUCAACGUCCUCGACUUUUUUCUCACUCCAACCAUUGCCGAUCAUGUUCAACUCUUACAAAAUAGCAGACCAAAGCUAAAAACCAUUUGGACUCCACUCCAUUUAAUACAAGGUGCUGCUUCGUUUGCUCAAACUCGUCUUUGGAUGGACGAACAAGUUCGUUUCCACGAAGAAGUGUCCGUUUUCAAUGAAUUAUUGAUCUACCAGUUAAAAUCGUCUAGUUCAUUGCCAAUUGAACGACUGCGUCAAGGUCUUCGACUUGUUGUUGAUAAAAAUCCUAUUCUUCGUACAGCCGUGACAUUUGAUCAAGAACGAUUAAUCCAAAAGAUUCUUCCAUUGUCCUCCGAACAUUAUCCAAUUCAAGUGACAUGCGUAAAAACUAACAUUGAGAUAGAAAUGAUAUUUUACAAUGAAGAAACCAAUCGAUCCUUGUUCAUACUCGAACAAGGGAAGGUUUUUCGCUGCCAUUUACUUCUUCAAUCAUCCGCAAAAGAGUUAACACGUGACGACAUGAUCAUUUUUAAUUUUCAUCAUAUCGCAGUUGAUGGCAAUUCCAUUCAAGUGUUUAUCAACAAUCUUCGUCAAGUUCUUCUCACAGGAAAGUUGUCUAACGACGAAAAUGAGCAUCUUACUUACCUUGACUAUUCCCAGUACGAAAGAUUAGAGGAUUGGUCGAUUGCUCGACAGUAUUGGAAGGAAAUUUUAACAUCAGUCCAUCCUUCAAUUCAGCAACAAAACUAUUCGGUGAAAACGGGCAGAGGUUACACAAUCACAUUUGAUUUAGAUCGAAUGAUUGUUAAAUCUUUGAAUCAAUUUAUAACGCAAUCAAAUUUGACGCUUUUUCAAGUUGGUCUCGCUGCAUUUUUUGUUUUCCUUUUCAAACUCUCGAACAAUGAUCAAUUAGAAUUCUGCACAGGGAUUGCCGCUGCGAAUCGAUCCCAAUACGAACUUGAACAUCUUCUCGGAUUCUUCGUAAAUACCAUUCCAUUUUUCAUCGAAAUUCAUCCUUUUGAAUCGUUUCCUGAAUUUUGCCAACGAAUUCAACAAAACUGGUUGGAAAUCUUUCCGCAUUCCAAUUUUCCUUAUCAGGAAAUGGUGAAAUUAAAUCCACAUUUACGAUCUUCAUUUCUUCAAACACUUUUUCUCAUCGACACAAAGAUCGACAAUACUGAACAAACUAUCGAAAUUGAUCCAGAGAAUUCACUCCACUUCAUCGAUCGACGGAUCUUCACUGGAAACAUCGCCAAAUUCGAUUUGGUGUGUUCACUUUUUGAACAUCGUCGAAACGAAACGAUCUCAGUGACAUUAAAUGCUUCAUUGGAUUUGUAUGAUCAGACAACAAUUUCCACGAUGUCGCAACGAUUUCAUUGGUUACUAAACCGAUUAUUCCUUUUUCCUGGUAAUGAAAUAAGUGAUUAUUCUUUAUUACUACCCGAUGAACAGUUACUAAUGAAAACCUUGAAUAACACUCAAAUAUCAUCUCCUUCCUUUUCUUCCAUUCGUCAUAAAUUCACUGAUCAAAUUACAAAAUACUCUCAAAAGCUCUCCAUUGAACUCGAUAAGCAAUCUCUCACUUACGCUGAACUCCUAUAUUAUACGCAAAGUUUAUCCUUAAAUCUCUUGAAUUUUACCACUCCAGGUGAUAUCAUCUGUCAAUGCGUUGAACGAAGUUUAUUCAUGGUAAUCGGUAUUAUGGCAAUUGAAAUGAUCGGAUGCGUUUAUUGUCCACUGUCACCCGGUGAUCCGAAAUAUCGUUUAAAUACACUCAUUCGACAGACAAAAAGUCGUGUUAUCCUAACCGAUUGGUUAACAAUAUCGAAAUUUUCCGACGCAGACUUUCUAUUGAUCAAUGUUGAGUCAAUGUUGUAUAGUGACAAUAAUGAUAUUGAUUGUUUAUCACAUAUAAGAAUCGCACAUGAGAGUAUCGCGUACAUUAUUUUUACGAGCGGUUCGACGGGAAUUCCAAAAUCAGUUCAAGUUCGACACGGAAACCUGAUUGGAUGUAUUCAUUCACUUUCUUCAAUUGAUUUGAUAAAUAGCAAAGAUACAGUUGUACAAAUGGCUCAAUGCUCAUACGAUGUUCAUCUGCAAGAAAUUCUUGGCACAUUGAUGAUCGGAGCGAGUUUAAUUAUGCUUCAUCCUCAAGGAAAUCUUCAUAUUGACUACCUUCUUCGAACUCUGAAUGAAAAACAAAUUUCAUAUUUACAAAGCGUUCCGUCAUAUCUCAAUAACCUCAAUGAAUUUUCCUUCGAAUCUCACAUAUCCACACUACGAAAUCUCGAUAUCGGCGGUAAGAUAUCCCUUCCAUCGAUUAAAGUCUUUCGCAUCGNGACUCGAUCGCGUCAUUUUUGGUAUUCUCAAUUGAAAGAUUAUAACUUCACUCGAUCAUUAUCAUUACCUGUUGAUCGACAUUGUUUAUCCAUGGACUAUCGAUCUGGUUCUCAAUCUGCCACUCAAAUCUAUUUCGACGAUGAGAUUUCCAGAGAAUUUCUGCAAUUCGUAACUCUAUACCACGUAACACCAUUCCAAUUAGCAAUGAGUGUGUUUUAUGUAUUUCUGUGGAAAUUAUCUAAUGGUCACAGUGAUUUGUGCUUCAGCUGUUUACAUUCGAAUCGAUAUCGGAAUGAACUACAAAGUUUAAUUGGAAUGUUUGUUGCUACGUUACCAUUUCGAAUGCGAAUUCAUCCUCAUUGGUCAUUUGAGAAACUGAUUGAGCAUGUACAGGAGAAUUGCUCAGCAAUUUUUCAACAUACGCAUUAUCCCUUACAGCAAAUUCUUGCGGAUUUUCGAGUGAAUUAUUCGAAUGUUUCGUUUCUCGAGGUUCUAUUUGAACUUCUUACUGUAUCUUCUGACAUGCAGAAACUUUCAUUGGAUGGAACACAUUUAGAACGCGUAUCUAUUGAACGGUUACACGAAGCGACUGCAUUUGAUUUCGAUGUUGCGUUUGUUUACAACCCAACAAGUGAAACUGAAAAGUUAUUAUGUAAUAUUUAUGGAUCGCGAGAUAUUUUCGAUGAAAGCACGAUUGAGAAGAUAGGUCGACGACUUCAACUUGCAUUUUCUCAGAUAUUCACAACAACUCUACGACCUAGUCAGAUUAGUAAACUCUCUCUUGUUCUACCGGAUGAACUUGAACAAAUACAAAAAGUAGCAAUUCAUAAUUUCUCUGACAUUGCUAUAGGAGAACGUUUACAUCAAAUCUUCAGUCGAGUAUUCAAUUGUGAAUCUGUGGAUGUGACUCAAUCAUUCAGCGAGAUGGGUGGAACAUCAUUGGAUGUUUUACGAAUGGUCUCUCUCAUUCGAAAAUAUAUUUGUCCUACAAUCAAUACAUCUCACUUAUUUGCCAAUCCUUCGAUUCGACAACUGGCACAAGUGAUCAAAUCAUUUUCAGCUGUAGUAGAAUCAACUCUGUUUGUACCUUUGAAAGUGGCGAUUAUUGGCUGUGGUAUUGGCGGUUUAUCCGCUGCUAUCGCUCUACGCAGAUAUGGCCACGAAGUCACUGUUUAUGAACGAGCUCACUUCGCUAGCGAAGUAGGUGCAUCGAUUUCUGUUGCUGCGAAUGGAACAAAAUUUCUCGAAGAGUGGGGUGUUGACACGGUUGCUGGAAGAUCUGUUAUUCUAAAGAAAUUAAUUAUGCGCAAUUGGAAAGAUGGUACACCCAAUGAUGUUUAUGAUUUGAGUGAUUAUAAAGAAAAAUGGGGUUAUGUCUACAAUAUGUUUCAUCGAAUUGACCUUCAUGAACAAUUGCAGAUCAGAGCGAAAGCUCUGGGAGUAACAAUUGUUGUAGAUCAUAAAGCAGUUGAUAUUGAUUUUCUUCAUCGUACUGUCACAUUUGAUACAGGCAAAACAAUAUCCGCUGAUUUGAUCAUUGGUGCGGAUGGUGUCCGUUCAACAGUGCGUCGCUUGAUAGGAAUUGUUGCUAAAACAACGCCGUCAACAAGUGCGUGUUACCGUUGCAUCAUCCCGACGUCGCGCGUAAAGAAAUUUGGCUUGAAAGAUUUUGCACCCAACAGUGCAAUUGAAUUCUGGGGUGGUUUUGGAAUUAAUAAGAUUGUUUUAGCUCCUUGUUGUGCAGGUGAGAUAGUGUCCUUCUAUUGCUUUUAUCCAGCUUCACUCAAUGAUCAAAGUGAAGAGGGCUGGAAUUUCAGCGCAACGCCAUCAAUGCUAAUCGAGCGUUUUCCCGAUCUCGAUCCAGAUUUAUUGGCCAUUUUCGAACAUUGCGAAGACAUCAAGUUAUGGAAAUUGGUUAUUCAUGAGCCAUAUCCAUAUUGGGUGAAGGGCUGUACAGCAUUACUCGGGGAUGCUGCUCAUCCAAUGAUGCCUGAUCAAAGUCAGGGCGCGUGUAUGGCAAUUGAAGAUGCAGCUGCAUUGGGAAUCAUAUGCUCACCUAAGUAUUGGGGAAACCGAAUACAUACGGUCGAACAUGGUUUGAAAAUGUAUGAACUGUUAAGAAAAUCUAGAGCAACUCGAGUUCAAGCGGCAAGUGCGCGUGCACGAGAGAACCUCAAUGAACGAAUUGGCUGGAGCUCACAAAGAAAUCAACAAAAUACGACGAAUAAAUUAACUAUUGAUGAAAUCAAUGUUUACGACAUGGACAAACAUCUAAAUGAUCUUCUUAGCUAA